UGGGAGCUGAACCUUGGUCCUCUUCGAUAGCAGUAAGCACUCUUAACUGCUAAGCCAUCUCCAGCCCCUCAAAACGAUUUUUAUAGUGGGAAGCUUAAGCAUGAGGUUAGUAAGGGUGCAGAAGAUAAGGAGUUGGCUGAGUUGGGAUAGAUACACAAAUUCAUUGAGUACAUUGUUUUCUGUCUGGAAUGACAGCUAUUGGAAAUAAUUUUGAAGUUUCACCUGAUUUGAGUGUCCCUGAACAUACUGGUAAGGUUUCCACUAGGCAAUAGUUGAGACAGAGAAGAGUGAGCUUGUUAAAAGAAGAGCCUGGGGUCAUUGUUUUCCAGGAGAAAUUCGGUUUUUAAGCUGCUGGGGGGACAAGUAUCUCUCCUGUUUAUCAUCGUUACUCCCUGCUUUGUUCUGCUCUUAUCCCAUAGCUAAUUCUCAGUGUUCCUUGAAUUGAAAAUUGGAAGUGGUAUGUAACUCAGUGGGUAGAGUGCUUGACUAGUGUGAGCCCAGGGCUCCAUCCCCUGCCCUGCACAAGUCAGUAUGUGUUACCAGGUCCCAGCACUUGUGAGGCAGAGGCAAGAGAAUCAGAAGUUCAAAGCCAUGCUAAGUUACAUGGUGACUUUGAGGCCAGCCUAGGAUACAGGAGACCUUGCCAAAAGAGAGAGAGAAAGCAGAGAGCAAGGGCUGACUGAGAGGAUUUGUUGGAUUCUUGCUGUGAAAUAGCCCAUCUCUGAGUGAUGAAGAGAACUUGAAAGUGUUUGGGAAAUGCAACAAUCCGAAUGGCCAUGGACACAACUAUAAAGGUUGAUCCUGUUACAGGAAUGGUUAUGAAUUUGACUGACCUCAAAGAAUACAUGGAGGAGGCCAUCAUGAAGCCACUUGAUCACAAGAACCUGGAUCUGGAUGUGCCCUACUUUGCAGGUGUUGUAAGCACAACAGAAAAUGUAGCUGUCUAUAUCUGGGAAAGCCUCCAGAAACUUCUUCCUACAGGAGUUCUUUACAAAGUAAAAGUUUAUGAAACUGACAACAACAUUGUAGUAUAUAAGGGAGAAUAGAGAUUAGGGUUAAUAUUAGAGAAAGGCUUAAUUGCUUUUAAAAAAGCUCUUUGUCCCUUUAGAAUAUCCAGCAGUCACCACAUACUUGUGUUUCCACGUUGUACUCUAGAAUGUCUGAGUGUUAAAAUAACUGUAAGAUCCACAUCUAAAUGUAUUUAAAAAUCAAACUUACAGCAUAUCCUGAAUUUAUUUUUGGUGAGGGAGCAGGGGAGAGCUGAGGAUUGAAGCCAGGGCCUCACACAUGCUAAGCAUACCACACUGCAUUCCAGUCCUCUCUGUGCCACUGAGAGUAUCGUUUUUGUCCAGAGAUUAAAAAUUAUUUCAUUCUCAACAAAAUAUUUUUGUGUGGAAUCAUGUAAAGGAAAAAUAAACACAUUUCAUAGUAUGUAUUCUCUGUUAUCUAUUUCAUUUUAGCAUUUGUUUUUUUUCUUAGUAUAAUAUAAAUAAUAAAAAUGUUUAUGCAAUUUAUAGUAUGUGAACCUUAGGAAAAAAUUUUAGAGGGGCAUAAAGUCUGGAGACUAUAUUUCUUUUUAAAGAUUUAGUUAUUUUUACUUGCAUGUGUAAUGAUAUGUACAGUUUAUUUUUCAUGAUAUAUAUAGCUUAUUUUGGUCUCAUGGCCCAUUUGCAAUUUAUUUGUAUAGCAAUUUUAAACAAAUAACUCAAUUUUUUUCAAUUUAAACUUCUGUAAGUAAAAUGAGAAAAAUGUCUACAUGGUAUUUGUAAGACCUGAAAGACAAAGUACCUUUCAAAGUAAUAGCAGCAAUCCUGCCUUUCAAGUAAUCAAUACAAAAUACUGCACAUGAAUAAAACUUUAACAACUAGAGCAUACUAAAAUUUAACUAAGUGGGCAUUGCAUUGUCAAAAUUUAUAAUAAAAGUCCUUUAUUUAUUCC